AUGCAAGAAGCAAUAGACAAACUUACCGCAUGGGCUGAAGACUGGUGUGUAAUGAUCAACAAAGAGAAAUCAUCCACCACACUAUUCACAUUGUCAUCAAAACAGAAAGCAGGGACGGUGAGAAUGGGAGACACUCCUAUGACUGAAGCAGACGAGACCACGUACCUGGGAGUCACCUUUGACAAGAGGCAAACGUGGAAGCCACACCUCAUGAAAGCAGAAGGAAGGGCCCGAAGAAAACUUGCAAUGAUGCGAAAGCUUGCGGGAACUACAUGGGGGGCAAAUGAGCACAUACUCAAGACAGUCUAUCAAGGCACAGUGAGACCCCAACUAGAGUAUAGUUCCCCCACAUGGUCUUCCACAGCCAAAUCCAAUCGCCAGGCUCUGGAUAAAAUCCAGAACCAAGCUCUGCGCAUCAUGACAGGAGCAACCAAGUCCACACCAAUUGCCUUCAUGGAAAAGAUAACAGGAAUACAACCACUUCAAGAAAGAAGAGAUGUCAAAAUCCUGCUUCAGACAGAGAAGUAUAAAUGUCUAACGGAUCACCCCAUGUCAGCCAGAGUUAAAGGGUACACCAAAAAUCGGAUCAAGCGUAGCAGCUUUGUACACGAAGCUAAGAAGCUGGACAAGGCCUAUGCAACGGAUCUGACCAUCCCCACCACUCCGCUUGGUCAAGAAGACAUCAUAGAUCCAUUACAAAAUGACCUGUCAAAUGUUGCAGUAAGAUCCAGUGUUCCUCACCUACAGCCAGGUAAACAAGAGGAUGAGCAUAUCAGAAAGAGCCUCACACUUGCCAUGAUCGAUGACGAAUACCCAAGAGAGGCAUGGACUUAUGUCUACACAGACGGUUCUGCCACUAGAGCAGUCAUAAAUGGAGGUGCUGGCAUCGUCAUUCUGUACCCAUCCGGAAAACGAGAAACACAUCAUGCAGCAACCGGAACACACUGUAGCAACUACAGAGCAGAGACUUUAGCCCUCAUGAAGGCAGUGUCAAUGAUUGAAGACUCGACCGAAGAUGUCAACUCGAUAGUCUUCUUUACAGAUGCCAUGUCUGUAUUAGAAGCCCUGACCAACAACAAGGUUCCUCAGCUUGCAAAUGCCUUACAAAGAAUCAGCACCAACCUAAACGUGACCCUCCAGUGGAUCCCAGCACACUGUGGAGUGGCCGGAAAUGAAGAUGCUGACCAACUGGCAAAACAAGGUGCUCAGUUAGAUCAGCCACCUGUGCAAGUAAGCUACAAGGAGAAAGUUACCAUCAUUAAAUCACUUACCCGGCCAAGACAAGAGGCAGAUGCAUAUCAUCUCCUAAGCAGGGCAGAGCAAGUGAUAAUGGUCAGACUCCGAUCAGGGCACAACCGACUCAAUGCACACAUGCAUAAAAAAUACAGACUGGCCCCGUCACCGACCUGUCCGUGUGGCACAGAAGACCAAACAGCUGAACACAUCCUCCAAAGAUGUAAACGUCACGACCAGGAGCGAGCUACAAAGUGGCCCCAGGACACAACCCUCCAUCAGAAACUUUAUGGAGACGUGGAUGACCUGAGACGGACCACAUCAUUUAUUGAAGAAACUGGUGUGAUCGUGUAGAGCGAACGCCAAGAAGAAGAAGAAGAAGCCU